AUGUCUUCAGACGAACAUGAGAGCAAGCCCGUUCCUGAGGAUCUUGAUACUGAAAUAGAUGAUAUCGCUCAGGAAGUAAAUGGAAAUACUAUUAAUGAAGAUGUAAAAGAGGAGGAGUAUCAUGAUUCUGGUGAAAGUGAGGAAUCCGAAGAAUCUUUACCCAACCAAGGAACUCGUCGCCGUCAUCGUUCACAGUCUGUCGCUGCAAAUAAGCGUAUUCACGAUGCUUUUCAGCAUGACCAGGAGGACUUUGGUAGCGAAGAUUUACAACCCACGGCUAAACGGAGAUUGAGAAAUCAUGUUGUAAGCGAUGAAGACGAACCAUUCGUUGCUUCGGAGCCAGAAGAUGAUUUGUCUGACACGGAUGAUUCGCUGGUUCAGUCAGCAAGAACACGAAGAUCUCUCCGACCAGGUACUCGACGUUCCACCCGCAUAAGAACUCAGAGACCCGAUGAAGAUUCAGACGAAGAAAUUCAUCGACCUACUUUGCGUGAGCGAACUAGCCGGGUUAAUUACAGUCUUCCUCUCUCGUUUCCUCAGGCAGAAGAUCAAGAAGACGAAGGGUCUUCAAUUAAUCAAAGCAGAAAGAAAAAGACUCAUUCUGAAGUCGCUGUUGGAAAUUUACUACGAAAUCAAGUCUCCAGUUUUAUGCCUUACAUUGACUCCAGUGGAUCUGAGUCUGAGAGCGAUACUGCCAAAGUAAAGCGUUCUUCUGCAAAAACCGUGAGGGCUUUAACCGACUCUACGAGUGCUGGUGGACCUCCGAACUAUGGCCGUGUAAAAGAAAAAAACGAUUUGGCUGAUUCAGAUCCUGUUGCUGUUGAUUCUUCUCUCUCAUUCGAGUCGGUUGGUGGUUUAGAUAACCAUGUGAACCAACUGAAAGAAAUGGUCAUGCUUCCUUUGCUUUAUCCAGAAAUUUUUCAAGCCUUUAACAUGCAGCCACCACGUGGAGUGUUGUUUCAUGGACCUCCAGGUACCGGUAAAACUUUGUUAGCAAGAGCGCUGGCCGCUGCUUGCUCUUCAGAAGAUAAAAAAGUUUCGUUUUAUAUGAGAAAGGGAGCUGAUUGUUUAAGUAAAUGGGUUGGUGAAGCUGAGCGUCAACUACGCCUUCUGUUUGAAGAAGCCAAAAGUACCCAACCAAGUAUCAUUUUCUUUGAUGAAAUCGAUGGUCUUGCUCCUGUGCGUUCUAGCAAACAGGAGCAGAUACAUGCUUCAAUUGUCUCCACUCUUCUGGCCUUAAUGGAUGGCAUGGAUGGCCGUGGACAGGUCAUUAUUAUUGGUGCUACUAAUCGGCCAGAUGCUGUUGAUCCUGCAUUGCGAAGACCCGGACGCUUUGAUCGUGAGUUUUAUUUUUCUUUGCCUGACAGAGAAGCAAGAAAGAAGAUUAUACAAAUUCAUACUCGAAGCUGGAAAACCCCAUUGCCAGAAUGGCUUUGCGAUUUACUUGCCGAGAGAUCAAAAGGUUACGGUGGUGCUGAUCUUCGUGCUCUGUGUACUGAAGCCGCUUUGAAUUCUAUAAAGCGAACUUACCCUCAGCUUUAUAAAAGUACAAAAAGACUGCAAUUUGAUCCUAAUACAAUUCAAGUUAAGGUGAAGGACUUUGCCUUGUCAAUGAAAAGUAUUAUUCCUUCUACAGCCCGCUCUUCAAUAGCUUUUAACAAGCCUUUACCUGUCGAGGUGAAACCCUUGUUGGAUGACAGUUUAAAUCGCGUACUUUUGUAUCUCAGCAAACACAUGCCUAUUCCUCCCAAGGUGAAUAUUUUGGACGAAGUAAUGUAUGAUGACCCUGGGGAAGACGAUUUUGAAUAUCAACAGAGGCUAGAACAAUUUGAAAAGCUAAGAAUAUAUAAGCCAAGGGUAUUGAUUUGUGGACAAAAAGGGUUAGGCCAGGUUUCCCUGGGACCUGCCAUUUUGCAAUAUUAUGAAGGCGUCCAUGUUCAAUCCUUUGAUAUGGCAGUUCUGUUACAAGACUCCACUCAAAGCAUAGAAACCUCCAUUAUUCACUUAUUUACUGAAGUGCGUCGACAUACGCCCAGUGUUAUCUAUAUUCCUGACGUUGACAGUUGGCUAAACAUCCUUCCUCCUUCGGCUAGUACUACCUUUUCGUCUUUGCUUGAACGACUAGAUUUUUCCGAUCAAGUGUUGUUCCUUGCGCUUUCAAAGAGUCCGCGAAAGGAUCUACAUCCUCAGCUUAAGGAAUGGUUUCCAAAGCAGUCAGUUAUUGAGUUGCAAUACCCCUCUCGCGAAAAGAUUGAGAAGUUUUUUCAGCCAAUUAUUGAUCUUAUUCGUACUUCACCUCAAAAAUUACCCGGUGGACUUCCAAGGAAAAAGAGAACGCUUCCUGAAUUGCCAUUAGCACCCACUCCUGCACCGGUGACGGGAGUUAAAACUACCUUAAAACAGACAAAACAGGCCGAUAUGCGGCUAUUAAAUAAGCUUAAGGUGAAAUUGAACGCACUCUUGUCUAGCUUACGUACAAGGUAUCGUAAGUUCAAAAAGCCUCUCAUAGACUAUAACGAUAUCUUUUGCGUUGAACCUGAAACAGGUCAUUCAUAUCGCAAACGAGAAGAUUGUAAUUUUGAGUUAGUUGACGAAGAAGUUCGUAAAAUCGAUACCAAUCAAAAGUUUAGUAUGAUGAGUUUAGAAGAAAUUGAAAAACGCGUUUGGGAUAAUUGCUAUUGGACCCCCAGAGACUUCGUUCGUGACAUAAAGCUCAUUCUCCGAGACGCGCUGCGUUUAGGUGACAGUGAAACAAUCAAGCGUGCACAAGAAAUGUAUGCUAACGUCUUGCUGGGAUUGGAAGACAUGGACGACGAACAAUUUUCUCAAAGAUGUGAGCGUAUGGCGAUGCGUGAAGAAGAGCGAAGAAAAUUAAGAGAAAAUAAAUUAAGAAAGCACUUGGAUGCCACGAAAGCUACUAUGCAGCUUCCCGAAGACCAACAAGAGCAAAAGAUAGAAGACUCUGCUGAGAUAAAUGAUUCAACGGAAGAACCAUCUGAUAUGUUAACGGAAGCCUUAACCCAUAUGCCAAUGGAUUCUAUGUCUAAGACUGAAGUAACGGAUGAUCAGCCUGAAGGUGGUUAUCUAGAGCCGUCGAUUAUGUCGGUCCCUAACUCAUUCAUUGAAAAAACCGACGAAGAUAGAGCUUCACAAGAAAAUAUUUCAGAGAAUGAAAAACAACCGAAUGAGAGUGCACUAAACAAUGACACCUCUUCGCUUAGGGAUUUCUCAAAGCUAAACGGAGUUACCGAACAUAAUGAUAAUGUAAUGCACGAUGAAAAGACUGAAAUCGAAAACACCGGUGAGGAGGAGAAGCUACCAGAACUAUUGCUUGAUGAACGGAAAGUUUUGAAUCUGAAGAAUUUGUUUUUGGACAAAUCGGAGGAUUUGACAGUUGAAGAAUUAGUACAAUUGCAUGCCACACUAUAUAGAAUAAUUUGGGAUACGAAGAGUAGUUGGGAUAGAAAUUCCGUCAUUGACAGGUGUACUAUUGCUUUGAUAGAACUUACGGAUAAUGAUCUAGAGUUCGACACUUAA